GGGAAAACUAUGAGACUGUCAUCUCUCUAGCAUUGUUUGUGCUCCCCAAACCUAAGGUGAUCUCGUAUCUAGAGCAAGGGGAAGAGCCAUGGGUUCAAGGGUCCACGGAGCUCAAGGACAGUCCUGGAGAGCUGCCUACAGGGCUUCCAGUAUGAUGUUGAAGAGGAGUGGUGCAAGGGAAAUUCUUACCUUGUUCCUGAUCUUAAUGGGAAAGCUUCUAGAUUCUCACAAAAACAACUAUAAAACUUGGAUAAAAUGCUUGAAGACGCUAUUUUAGGACUACAAAGAGCCAACAGCAGGAGGUGAUUUGGCUAAAAGCACCGGAAUUCAAAGUAUCACUGAAUUGAUUCAAGUGGCCAUCUCCCCGGACAGACUCUUCAAGUGACUGAACAAGCAGAAUGGCAGAGGCCAACAACAGCUUUUCAGAGGGCUUCAUCCUGAUGGGUAUAUCUGACCAUCCCCAGCUGGAGAUCGUCUUUUUCAUAGUCAUUCUCUUCUCUUACUCGCUGACCCUAGUUGGGAAUUCGACCAUCAUCCUGCUCUCCUGCCUGGAUGCCCGGCUCCACACCCCCAUGUACUUCUUCCUCAGCAACCUCUCCUCCCUGGACCUCGCUUUUACUACCAGCUCGGUCCCCCAAAUGCUGACCAACUUAUGGGGACCAGAUAAGACUAUAAGCUACGCUGGCUGUGUGAUCCAGCUCUAUGUUUUCCUCUGGCUAGGGGCCACUGAGUGCAUCCUGCUCGUGGUGAUGGCAUUCGACCGCCAUGUGGCAGUUUGCCAGCCCCUGCGCUACACCGUCAUCAUGAGCCCUCGGCUCUGCUGGCUGCUGGCUGCCAUUGCAUGGCUGGGCGGUUUGAGCAACUCCAUGAUCCAGUCAACGUUCACUCUCCAGCUCCCAUUGUGUGGGCACCGGAGGGUGGACAACUUCCUGUGUGAGGUGCCUGCCAUGAUCAAACUGGCCUGUGGAGACACAAGUCUCAAUGAGGCCGUGCUCAAUGGUGUCUGCACCUUCUUCACUGCCGUCCCGCUGAGCAUCAUCCUGAUCUCCUACUGCUCCAUAGCUCGGGCAGUGCUGAAGAUCCGCUCAGCUGAGGGACAGAGAAAGGCCUUUAAUACUUGCCUUUCCCAUCUGGUGGUGGUGCUCCUCUUCUAUGGGUCAGCUAUCUACGGGUACCUCCUUCCGGCUAAGACCAGCCACCAGGGCCGGGGCAAAUUCAUUUCCCUCUUCUACUCUGUGGUCACGCCAAUGGUGAACCCUCUCAUCUACACUCUGAGAAACAAGGAGGUAAAGGCGGCACUGAGGAGGCUGCUGGGAAAGGGAAGAGAACUCGGCUGAGAGGAGGGAAAGCUCCAUCAUGUAUGCCCUCUUCUUCUCUACACACUUUUUCUCAUUCUCGCUCUGGCCAGAUGAACAUGAGGAGGACUAACCCUACUACGGCCAAGACGUGUUCCCAGUAGCCCUAAGCUGUUAAGGCAUGGCUAGUGUUGUUUCUAGUACUCUACACUUGGUCACUAAACAUCCCGUGGACUACAGGUAACGGAGUAGAUGUGUCCCAUAACAGCUCACGGGUUGUUGAUUUAGUACAGACCUGGCUCACUGUCUGUAUGGUCCACAUACUAUUUGUUACAUGUAAUAGAAUAUUACAUAUUUUUAUAUUUCUAGAGAUUUCUGUGCUUUUCUUUACUUAAAAAAUUUUAAUGUUUAUCUAAUUUUGAGAGAGAGGAAGAGAGAGAGAGAGCGAGCAGGGGAAGGGCAGAGAGAGAGGGAGACACAGAAUCCGAAGCAGGCUCCAGGCUCCGAGCUGUCAGCACAGAACCCGACGCGGGGCUCGAACUCACAAACCGUGAGAAUGUGACCUGAACCAAAAUCAGAUGCUUAACUACCUGAGCCUGAGUCACCCAGGUGCCCCACUGUACUUUUCUUUAAAAAGCACUGCCACUUGCAAUAUCUAUAUACAAUGAUGCUAUGCUUUGAUAAAAUCAAGCCAGAUAUGAUUAACCCCAAGUGAAAAUUCAAACAAUUCGUCUUUGUACCAUAUCCAUUCAUCACUUUUCUCAUCUCUCCUUCUCUCUUCCCAGUAUGCCCGUCUGUCUACCCAUACUUCCUACCUAUAUGUUCCUUUGUCGUCUUACUUACCCUGUCCUUUAUGUCUACCUCCCACCUUCUGCUUCAUCUAAUAUUUAAUGUGAAUAAAGAAAGACUAUUUUUCUCUCAAAUAAACCUAUUUGUUUAAAUUGGCUCCUCCUAAGACCCAACCCUGAGACUUGCUACCAGCAUUUGGAUAUGUUAGUAUGGUUGCUGGAUUAUGAUAGGCUCUGAGAUUCCUUAAGCAAGUUUGAGCAAAAAAAAAAAAUCAUCUAUCUAUAAAGCAUGUCCUCUGCCUCCAGAUCUAGUUUCGCAGCUGAAUUAAACUUGUGAAAUGAACCGCUUUUAGGUUUACCACUUCGGAGUUAUCCUGUCCCUUGGACAAUGCCAAAUAAAUAAUGACAAAUAUCCCCCUUUUCACAUAUCUAAAAUGCCUCCCCUCAAAGACAUCUAGUUAUAUUAUCCCAUCGUGAAUUGGUUUUUCCAGUUGUAGACGGGAGCCAUGACCUAUAUUCUCAAUUUUCCACUCAGUAAUAUUUGAAGUGUGUCUCUACUGGCAUUAUCCUGGUCAUUUAUCAGAGUCUUGAGACUGGCAAGUUCACAGUUUUUAUUUAUCAGCACACUUAGAGUAGAUGAAGUUCUCAGAAGAUACAAUCACAAUAACUAAGCUCCUAAGGGAAUUUAUAAACUAGAAUGCCAGUGGAUUCAUUUAUGAGAACUUUAACCCCCAAGUGGACUGGGCAGUCAUAUUCUUAACUACUAAAUAACUUGGGAGAAAACAAGAGGAGAACAGGGAUUCCUUAAACACUUUGGAGCAAUUCAGGUAUCCCUAUCAAAAAUACAGAAUAUUUCGAAUCUAACUUGAUGUUAGGGGCUAAUAAAACACAGGAGAUUGGAGGAGGAAAAGCGAACUGCCAUGCUGGGUUUCCUCCCACAAUCACUCUGUGCAUGCGCUCUCUCACUCCUAACAAUGUAGCUGUCUAGUUACUCUGCCCUUGGAAUAGGAGGCAGCAGAUAACCUAGAAAAUUCAUAAUAAUAGGAGCUAAGAGGCAUUUUGGUGUACUCUGCAAUUGAUGAGAUAUGGUAGCUAGUGGAUAUGAUGUCUCCAGCACUCCCUUUCGUCAUCUAUAAAAUGAAUACAGUAGCCAGGAGCAACGUUGUAAGGACCGAACAGAUAAUAUAUGUGGGAGAAUGUUUAGUGAAAACUGCUCAGUGUCAUAUUUAAUCAAAGUGUAAUUGUUUACUAGGGAAGUUUAUCAGUCUAUUUCACAACCCACCUCUUUUCAUUUGUAUCCCGAUCCAGAAAACCCCUUCAAUGAGCUACCAGUGUCUUCAUAAAUGAUGGAAGGAUGGAGAGGCCAGAGUAAAGGCAGAGACCAUAGAGAAGACUCCACAGUUACUUCCCUCAAACUCCACAUCCCAAUCUAUCUGCUCCCUCUUCAAAAUAUAUCCAGAAUAUCCCAAUCGAGGAUAACACACACAUAUAAAAAAAAAUUAGGAAAGUUGGGCCCCUGGGUGGCUCAGUCAGUUAAGCCUCCCACUGCAGCUCAGGUCAUGAUUCCAUGGUUGUGAGUUCGAGCCCUGCAUCUGGCUGUCUGCGCUCAGCACAGAGCCGGCUUCAGAUCCUCUGCCUCCCUCUCUCUCUGCCCCCCACCCCACUCACACACACUCUCUCUCUCUCAAAAAUAAAUAAACAUAUUUUUAAAUCAAGAAAGUAUUUCAAUGUCCACCAAAAUGGAAAUGAUUGAAGAUUGAUUAUAUUAUGGUACAUGACUAAACACAGCGCCUAAAAAUGAAAAUGCGGUGGAUAUAUUGAAAUAGGAAAACUUCAAGAUAAAGUAAAUGGGCAAAGUUGUGUAUGCAGGUACAGGAAGAUAAACACACAAGUAACAGUUAUUUCCUCUAUAUAUAGAGAGAGUGUUGCUUGUGAAAAAAGGAACAGAGAGAUU